GUAUCUAACUCGGAAACUCCUUAAAUUGCAUAUUUGGUAACUAAAAUCAGUAGUUGUAUUAUGGAAGACAUAAAUCUAAAUUGAGAACUAAGCAUGUCAGAUGCUACAACCCCAGUUGAUAAGGUGACUGGAGAACCAAGCAAGAAUGCUCUCUCUCCUGAAGCCACAGCACGAGCAGCUGAGGUGUCAGCAGUUCCUAGUGGGCUCUGCAUUGUUGUUAAAGCAGCUAGUCAGAGCGUCCCUGACAUGGUGGUGGACUGUUUGCCAGACUGGACUGUGAAAGACCUCAAGCAUUUCCUCAGUGAGGAACAUUCACUCAAGCCGGCAGUGAAAGAGCAACGAUUGAUAUACAGUGGACAUCUUAUGAACGAUGACAGCUUAUUGACAAGCUUGUUGAAGCACUCGAGCAGCACUGAUGGUCGCUUUGUACUGCAUCUUGUGUGCACGCCGUCCAGACAGCCUAUGACCAGCAACACUCCAGGCACUUCCAAUGUGGCUCACCCGCACACUUCUGCCAGCCAACCAAGUGGCUCCAGCAAUACUAAUAAUAAUUUUUAUUCAACCGGAAAUGCUGGUGGUGUGCGCCAGCGCUUGAAUGCUGGCCCGGCUGGUGAUGACUGGAUGCAGAAUAUGUUCAGUGCAAACCUGCCUGCUGACGACCUGAGGGCUCACGCUGACGCCUACAAGCAGUACUACGAGAACUACAUGCGAUCAUAUAUGGCGUAUCUGCAGAGUGUCGGCAGUGCAGAUGGCAGCAACGAGUCGGCCAUACUUGCAGCUUGGCGGCAACAGCUGCUAGCCACACAGCAGCUUCCUGCCGCCACCAGCAAUGACACUCCAGACCAGCAGCCGCCUGCUGAAGCCCAACCUUUGCAAGCCCCUCAGGCGAUUGUGGACGAGCUUCCCAUCGCAGAUGAAGAUGCUGUGGCCCACGAUUGGUUGGACUCGCUUUACGUCCUUGUUCGUUUUGGCAUUCUAGUGUUCUUCGUUUAUAUUUAUUCGUCAAUCUACCGUUUUUUCAUCAUCAUUGCUUUCUGCGUACUGCUGUACUUGUACCGAGUUGGUUGGUUUCGCGCCCUUGGCUUACCUGCUGAAGAGGCUCAAGUCCGCGAGGCUCGGCAGCAGCAGCAGGCACAGCAACGUCAACCUCAGCAACAACAGCCGCGUGCCCCUCCUGCUGAGGAGCAGCAGCCGCCUGCAGCCCCCGCUGCUCGUGCCACGAACGCCGCUGCGAAUGAAAUUAUUGACCCAAAUCCACCAGUUUCGGGCGAUGCCAGUUCAUCUUCUGCUGCCACUACUCCUGAUGUUCCAGCUCCAGGCACUUCCAACGACACAAAUGCAACGAGCAAUGAUGCAACCUCUGCAGCAUCUGGUGCCAGCGCUGGAACAAACAAUGCUCCUCAUAACGAGGACGUCAGAUUGCCUGAGACUGCACCUGUCGUUACUGGACCUGAACCUGCUGCGCCGGCCGUGUCCUUCUUGACGCUCUCGUGGACCUUCUUCUCAGCUCUGCUCACGUCACUCGUGCCUGACCAGCAAGAGACUGCACCUGUCGUUACUGGACCUGAACCUGCUGCGCCGGCCGUGUCCUUCUUGACGCUCUCGUGGACCUUCUUCUCAGCUCUGCUCACGUCCCUCGUGCCUGACCAGCAGCAAAUAUUGUAACGCGCCCCCCACGCACCUAAUAUUAUGUGAUCCUUGCACAUAUAUGCAACUUCAUAAAAUUGAAAUAAGACGGAGUUGCACCUGUGUAUGUCGUAGAUUUUUGUGUGACAAGUUAGUUGUCUACUAAAAAAUAGGCAAUCAAUGCAAUUCACGAGGCAUCGUUGUAGUCGUCUAAAUUAUGUCGUUUAAGGUCUGUUGGUGUAAAUAUUUACUAUAUAUAUAGAUGUUUGUUUAUUAUAUAAAUAUAUAACAUGGGCCGCCGUGCUCCAAUAAUAUAUUGAUAUCUACUUGAUCACCCUGUUCUGGCUUGGUAACCUUAUGUUUCUUUCCUUAAAUCUUGAUUUAAAAUGUAAUGGAUGUUUUAUAUGUAUCUUAUUAAUGUGUUUAUUUGGAAAUUAUGUUGGUUUAAAGUGUGAGGUCGAACAGGUGAAACAGCUGUGAAAUGGCAAAAGUUAUAGUUUAUAGAAUCGUAAUUUAAUCUGAACCCGAUUAGUUGCGUUUGCUGAUAACCUUGAUAUCAGAAAUUUCUUUGGUUAUGUAAACUCGUAUAUACUUGAACGCAAAUGUUUUGUUUUUGUUUUGCAUACACUUGAAAGGUUCACAGUUACCAUUCGUUCUCUUUUAAAUUAUUUGCCUGAACAUGGUGUUGAAGGAGUUUCUUUGUUAUUUCAUUUAAUUUGAGCUUUUAUUUUAAAUGGGACUAUUUUUCUAAUAAAAAUAUCCCGUUAGUCAUCGGGUCAUCGAUUGACAGGUAGACAAGUUCUUUUUUGUUUGGUUUCUUGUCUCUCAUUUUGCUUCAACAUAACGCCUCGAUUUACUGUAUGGAACUUUUGAAGGUAUAUAAGUUACGCUGAGAAAUGCGAAUCUGGAGAAACGUAAGACGAACGCCUACAUAAAUACGUUCUUGAGCCGUUACUUUGCUAUUGAGUAUUUAAUGCUGUACUUGCUUGGUAAUGCGCUGCUGGCAAAGCUAAGCAAAUAUCGCUGUGAAUGCAAUCGCAUCGACUGGAGAUCAGUAUAAUCUAUAGUUCAGGAUCUCCUGCAACGGAAUUACUGCCUGGUUCAGGCAAGAUGUGCAUCAUGCAAGACCUUAAUGCCAUGUACUGUGCAUCAGCAAUGAAUUCAUCCCGUGGACCGAGACAAGAUUCAGAAUUACUUUUAUUUGUGUUGCUUCGUUGAAAACGAAAUUCUAGUCUACAUUCAUAGUAAGGAAACUAGUUUAUAUUGAUAUUAUUAGAGAAGGAUGAUUCUUGUAUUACAUGAAGGAAACGCAGAUAUAAAAGGCGAUUUUGCUCUUUGAUUUUGUGUUACUGUAUAUUUUUAACUUAUACUACUGUUCUGGAUUGUAUAUUUUUCACUUUGCUACUUUCUGGGCUCACGGCACUCGAGUUUCUCGUUGAGUUAUUGGCGCAUCGUCGGAUGUUCGUUAAUAUUGACUUGCUUUGUUACACAGAAAAUGCCUUUCUGGUGCCUGCGGAACUGCAAUUAAGAUCCUGUGCUCUGUCAAUCUUUGAAUUUUGAUCAAAUUUUGCCUCGUUAUAGAAGCAAGUUUUAACUACAUUCCGUGGGUAAGAUAAAGCAAAAUCAUUUUGGCAACAGAUAUCCCGGGAAAUCGAGGCUUCCAAUGAGCUCUAGUUACAGCUGUCGUUCCACCAAAUGAUAAUCCACAGUUACUGUCGGUUUUAUAAUAUAGUGUGAGGUGGCAGGUGUAUGCCACUCCGCGUGUUCUUGCACCGAGCUGCUCACGGAUUUUGCAACACAUCAGUUCUAAAUUUCCUUAAACCCCGAAAACCUUCCAACAUUUUGUACCCUAUCCUAGAUUUUUUUGGAUUGCUUGAUAAAAGUUUAAUUUCUAUAUUAGCUAAAUACAGUCGUUGUUUUCA